AUGUCGAGUGGGAGGGAUUUUGGAUCUGUGGACGCUUGUGCGACGGGGAGUUGUCACCUUGUCUGUUUGUGAAAGAAAUGAUGCGUGAGACUCAAGUUCAGCGCGAACUGCGGUACUGCCAUUGCCAGCAUGGAAAUUCCUCUGGUGAAUGGCGAUGACGAAUUAUUGCCGUCUGAAGAUGAGAGUGAUUGUGAGUUAGAUUUAGCCGGCGUCAACUGCGUUGGAGACCUUGCCGCCGUCUCAACUGCGCAAGACAGAGGGAGACUCAUUAUUUGGUACAUAGUGAUUACAAACUUUAAAAGCUUCGCUGGGACGCGCACACUUGGGCCGUUUCAUGAGAAAGUUAAUGCUGUGGUGGGGCCCAAUGGAAGCGGAAAAAGUAAUGUUAUUGACGCAAUUCUGUUUGUAUUCGGACUGAAAGGCUAUAAGCUUCGUGCGAAGAAUGCGGCAUCUGUAAUCCACUGUUCGGAAAAAUUCCCCAAUCUGGACAGUUGUACAGUGGAGCUCCAUUUCAGACAAAUUAUUGAACAGAAUGAAGAACGCUUUGAGGUUGUUCCUGAUUCAAAAGUAACAAUUUCAAGAACUGUGAACAAGGACAAUGUAUCAUUCUAUAAGAUGAAUGGUAGUGUUGCCAAAUUUGACACAAUUAAAAUGUUUUUGAAAAGUCAUGGUGUUGACGUAGUUAGUGGUCGUUACUUAAUUUUACAGGGAGAAGUGGAGCAAAUUUCACUGAUGAAACCAAAGGCAGCAAAUGAGAAAGAGAUUGGCUUCUUAGAAUAUUUGGAAGAUAUAUUUGGAUCCUUAAAGUACAAGUAUCGAUGCCAGAUCAUCUCUGAGAAGCUAGAAAAAAUUAAAUCUAUUGUAGAAGAAAAACAAAAUGCAAGAAAUAUAGCAAAAGAUGAAAUGGAAAAUUUGAGGGAAGAAAGAGAAAGAACUGUUCUCCAUCUUCAAGCAAAGAAUGAAAUAGCUCGUUUAACACACAUUUUGCACCAAAAAUAUGAGUACCUUGCCAAACAACAGUUCGAAAAUGUUCAGAAUGAAAUUUGUCAACUUCAGGCAGAUUUAGAAAACCAUACAAAAAGGCACGAAGAACUGCAAAACAAGAAAAAUGAAAUCACAAAUGUAGUCAGUGAUUUGCAAAGGAAUAAAGAUGAACUAUUGUCCAAGAAAGAAACUGUAAAAGAAUCACUAAAUGCUGCAGCAGUUCAGACAGAAAAAGUGCGGCAGGAAAUAAAGUCAGCAAACAAAAUGCGAGACAGAGGCGAGAAACGGCUUGCUAAUGAAGAAAGAAAGUUGGAGCAAGCUGCUCUGUUUCCAGGACAGUGUGAGAAUGAGAUAGAAAACCUCAUGAAACUUAAAGAAGAAACUAGGCAGGAACAACAGUUAAAGGAAGAGAAAUUUAAUGAUAUGGUGAGAGAACAACAACCUUAUAUUACAGAUCUGAUGGAGAGACACAAAAAAUUGCUGAGUGAAUUAAUUCCAUUGAAGGAUGCAGUUUUAGAAAAGAAGAUAAAUAUGGAUACAGCUCAGUCAAAUCUUGAUUCAUAUGUAAAAGAAAUUCAGCAGGAUAAUGCAAAACGAGAGCAACUGGAGAAAGAAGUUAAAGAAAAUGAAUCUCAACUCAAAAAUCAAAGAAGUGUUCUGGAAGAGCUGAAUAGACAGAUCCUCUCUGUUGAAACUGAUCUACAACAAAAACAUGAAGAGCACAGAUGCCUUAAACAAAAUCAUACUGCUCAUCAGUCUGAAGUGCAGAGAAUUAAAAAAGUAUUGGAAGAAACAAAAAGCUCUUUCCAUGCUGUUGAGUCAAUGAGAGGCCCCAUUGCUCAUCUUCUUAAAGCAAAACGAGAAGGAAUACUUCCAGAGGGCGUUUAUGGUAGAUUGGGAGAUUUGGGUGGCCUGGAUAAGAAAUAUCAUGUUGCAGUUUCUGAAGCUUGUGGUAGAUUAGACAAUAUUGUUGUGGAUACUGUAUAUACAGCUCAGCUAUGUAUGGAGUUAAUGAAGAGAGAGAGAAUUGGUAGGGGAACAUUUAUACCUUUGGAUAAGCAUCAGCAUCUGAUUUACAGAUUUACUCAACCCUUCCAAACUCCAGAAGGAGUGCCACGAUUAUUUGACCUCAUUCGUGUAGAGGAUGAACGUAUACUCCCAGCAUUUUACUUUGCUUUGGGAGACACUUUGGUGGCACAUGACUUGUUUCAAGCUAAUAGAAUUGCUUUCUAUGGAGGCCUGCGCUACAGAGUUGUUACUUUGCAAGGAAAUCUUGUUGAAAAGUCAGGCACAAUGACAGGUGGAAAAAGGACAAAUAGGCCUGUUGGUAUGGGAGAAACUGCAACUGCUACCACACACGCUGUAACGUGGAAUGAAAUUUCAAGAAUAGAAGAAGAAUAUGUUCAUGUGGGAAACCAAUUCUCUAAUAUUUGUUCAUCUUUGGAAGACUUGGAGAAUACCAUUACCUCCAAAGAAAGGUGGUUACAGUCGGCAAAGUUAGACAUCUGCAAGCUAAAUGAAGACAUACAACACAAAGUGGAAAUGCAGUCAGUGCUACUCAGACAAUUGGAAACAGAACAAGGGAGAAGUCAGACAUUGCCUGAUCCACAACUACAAGCUACUCUUGUAUUGGAGUUGGACAACUCAAGAGAAGAACAUGAAACAGCUCUGAAGAAAUUUAAUGACAUUGAUGUGCAUUGUAAGCAAGUAAAGAGACAACUUCAUGAAAUUAAGACUGUAAGCUACAACAGAGCCCAAGAAGAAAUCCGUGAGGUUAAAGCUAGAUAUAAUGAUAUAGAUAAAAAAAUACGUAAAUUAACAUUUGCAAUUCAGUCAUCAGGAAGGAAAAAAGAAGGUGUCAUGCGAGAAAUAAAUGAAUUGAAAAGUACUAUCAAUGGAAUUGAAGUAAAAGUAAAAGGUCUUCACGAGUCAAAGAAAAACUGGAAACAAUUACACUCACAAUUUGUGAACGAACUGGAGGAAUUGGAGUUAGCACUACAGAACAUUGAAAAGGAAGAGUCUGUACAUAGCCAUAACCUAAAACUCCUCACUGAUGAAGAGGGAGAUCUGAAUUUUAAGAUUUUAGACAUAACCAGUAAGCUUAAUGAGAAGAAGACAACCUCAGAGAUGCACAAAAAUACAAUAAAUUUUUUGAGUAAAAAGCUAAAGUCAUUAAAGCCACAAGUUAUCCCUGGUAUAGAGGUCAAAGAGGAAUUUAGCCUUCUUAUGUCAGAUGAAUUACAGUACAUAAACCAGGCAAAACUGGAAAACGACAUUGCAGUGUUAAAAAGCAGAAUUGGUUCUGAACUUGUAAAUGUAGCAGUGAUUGAAGAGUUCAUCCAGAAGGAAAAAAAAUUUCACCAACUAGAUUCAGAAUAUAAAGAAAUCAUUGCUAAGAGGGAUGAACUACAACAGUGCUUUGAGCUACGCUGGAAGAAACGUUUUGUACGAUUUAUGAAUGGUUUCCGGUUUCUUUGUGUGAAACUGAAAGAGAUCUAUCAGCUUAUCUCCCUAGGAGGAGAAGCAGAAUUUGAGUUGGUUGAUUCAAGGGACCCAUUUACUGAAGGAAUUGGGUACAGUGUACGCCCUCCUCAGAAAUCAUGGAAAAAUAUUUCAACACUUUCUGGUGGAGAGAAAACAGUUUCAUCAUUAGCAUUAGUUUUUGCAUUGCAUAGCUACAGGCCAUCACCUUUCUACAUCCUGGAUGAGGUUGAUGCUGCCUUAGACUCAAGAAACACAGCACUUGUGGGGCUUUACAUUAAGACAAGAGUGAAAAACUCUCAGUUCAUCAUCAUCUCCUUGCGUUCAGGCAUGUUUGAGCUUGCUCACAGGGUUGUGGGUGUCUUCAAACAACACCAGGUGUCUAACUCCAUAACUAUCAAUCCAUGUGUAUAUGUACAAAAUAGUGAAGAUUCUGUUGAUCUGAACUGAAUGACUGACUUGUAAUGUAAAAUUUGUCUGUGAUAUUCUGUCUGAUUCUUGAAUAAUUCCUUUUAUGUUUUAAUUGUAUCUAUAUUAAAAACUUAUGUCCCCCUAUUUGUAUUUUUACACUUCAUAUUUUUUUCUUUGACACAGUAACAAAAAAUGUUUUAUAGGCCUAUUGUUAACUGACUUCAACCACCAAUGGCUAUCAUCAGAAUGAUUGGAAGGCGCAUCAGACAAUCACCAAGUAAUGCUUUGUCAAACAGUAGUGAAUUACGCAUUACCUGCUGACCAUCAGAUGCUGCUUUCAGUCAUUCUGUUGAUAGCCAAUGGUGGCCAGUACUAUUUAAUGAUAUGAAGCAUAUUCUGUGAUUGUAUCAAAGAUAAAAUAUUAAUUGUAUGGUUAAAUAGUUAGUCACUAUCUGUACAACAAAAUGUCAUUUUUUGUAAAGUAUUUGUAUUUGUUAGCAUAAUGUAAGUUCUAUUAGACUGCAGUUAAUUUUUACAUUUUAAUAAUGUCAUGUCUGUAUCAUUUAUGUUGGAGUUUACCUAGUUAGCAGUAUGUCUUUUGUUAAACGUUGUAUUCUGAGCAGGGAUUGUUUCAUUUCUAUUAUGAUCCAUUAUACCUGGCUUAUUUAAAUUCUCCAAUACUGAAUUCAUUGGUCUACAUGUAAUUAUUACCUUUGGUUAAGUGUCAUAGAGACUACUGAAAAGUUACAGAACUGUUUAUCAGUGGUCGUGGUGGUGGUGGUGGUGGUUAGUGUUUAACGUCCCGUCGACGAGGUCAUGAGAGACGGAGCGCAAGCUCAGGUUAGGGAAGGAUUGGGAAGGAAAUCGGCCGUGCCCAUUCAAAGGAACCAUCCCGGCAUUUGCCUGAAACGAUUUAGGGAAAUCACGGAAAACCUAAAUCAGGAUGGCUGGAGACGGGAUUGAACCGUCGUCCUCCCGAAUGCGAGUCCAGUGUGCUAACCACUGCGCCACCUCGCUCGGUGUUUAGCAGUAAACACCACUCUUGGGAGCUGUAGUAAAAUUGAAGAUAAUAUACUGGCUAAGUGUUGACCAACUUAGUUUUCAGUCAAACAGUAGUUCAGUGAUUAUAUUACUACUGCAAAACAAUCAGUUAUAGUUGUUAUUGUUAUAUUCUGGUUAUUCUUGAGUUCAGUGCAGUACUUCUCUGUGGUGCUGCAUGAUCCAGCAGUUGGAAACAUGUUUUGCACUUUGUGUCCCUAGCAAACCUUAUAACAGAUCUGCACCUCUGUACCUGGUAACACACAUUGCUUCUCAAUUUUAUCUUCAUUUCUGAUUCACUUUCUUCCUUGAUGUCCCUGGAACAAACAUGUAGUGACCACUGAAUUGUUAAAUUUCUGUAGUUUUACUUUGCAGAGUCACAGUUAUAACAAUCAAAAUACACAAAUGUGAAAAGCUGGGUUCAAGUCUCUGUCUACUGUUAUCCUGUUCUGCAUAAUGACGUCUAAUGGUAUGUAACACAAAACACUAAUGGUAGCUUUUAUGUUGUGUGUGUUUCUCAUCAUUAUUUCAUUAUGUAUUUCAGCACUCUUUCAUACCUAUAUCCUUUCUGUUGUUUUCCGUGCUCUGUGUUUAUAACUUUAUAUCUCCUUUCACUUGAAAUGGUAUAACAAUACACUGCUGAAAUCUUCCUCAGUGUUCAGGAGGAACUGGAUUAAAAUAUUUUUCUUGACUAUGUUUGAGGUCUAUUAUUUCUGUAAAGUCCUUAAGUUGUACCAUAAGAAAGUUCCUCAAGUUCUUACUCCCUAUCCUCAACAUUCUUAAAACCAGUGUAACUAUCCAUUUUUUGAAGGACAUUGUACUACAGUACAGAUGAGGCACGAGGUAAGACGAUGUAAGAAGGUAUUACUGUAUUUACCUGAGUAUAAGAUGAUCCCCAUGUUUUUCAAGAGAUUUCUUGAAAAAAUUUAUUUUUAACAUGUCCUGAUUAAUCAAAAUUACACACAUACCUGUGCAGCUACAUUGUGCUGGCUGAGCACACAAUGCUCGGAUUACAGGUUAGCAGAUGGACUGAGGUGAGGAAUUGUAUCGGGUGGGUUUGGUAGAGGUAGAAAGAGGCAGCAGGCAGGAGAAGGGAUUGAGGUGGGGUAGCUGGCAGCUUGUAGGGAAACAACAGGUGUGCAGGAUAGGAAUGCAGAAAAGUGAAGCUGAUGCAUAAGAUAGGAAUGUGGGAGGGAGAAGCAGCUGAUGCUUUGAGGUAGGAAUGCAACUCCCAGGUACUGUGGUUGUGGGUUUGUGAAAAUGACGUGAAGGUGUGGAUUGGGAGGUGUGGAAGGACAGAGGAUAGGGAGACUGUUUGACAAUGGAUGUGGGUGCAAUGGGUUAAUAAAAAUUAAGGUCAGGAGGAUUAAGUGGAGACUGCAGGCAGAAGCUGACACACGGCACCCAAAUCCUCUACCUAACAGUCUCUCCUUCCUAUGGCCUAUCACCCACUCUCAAUCGACAUCUUCAUACCAUUGUUAUUGUGUGUCAUUCACACUCAUCGGUUGCAGUGCCCUUGUGUCACAUUCCUGUCACAUACACCUGCUGCCUUCCCUCCCACAUUCCUGCUGCCUCCCUUCCAAGCUGCCAGCUACUCCUCCAAAACCUUUCCUCCUUCUUCCUGCCUCUUUCUCACACUACCCACCUUACUUGACACAACACUUCACUCCACCCUACCUAGUGAACUGCAAUCCCAGCAUUGUGUGUUGAGCCAGCACAAGGAAGAAGGCAGAGGUGUGUGUGUG